AUUGUCAUUCCCGUUCUCCUCUGGGUCUACAAGAAAUUCCUUGAACCGUACAUCUAUCCCGUUAUCGCACCCUUCGUUAAGCGUGUAUGGCCCAAGAAAGCUGUGGAAGAAAAAAACGCCGCAAAACAAGGUCAAGGAGGCAGCGCUGGAAAUCCACGGGCACCUUCAGCCACGAAAAGAGAUCAGGAGGAUGAGUCUGGAAUUUAUGAA